CUCCAUGUCUGUAAUGCCUGAAUAGCGGCCAGUUACCCUUAAAAAGAUACUCCCCUAGGCAGAUCGCCCAAGUGUUGCGUUGCCAUAACUUAAACCAAACAUAAAAAGUGAUGGUUUCUGUUGGCAGUGACGGAACAUUUUGUUUUAUAUAUAAUGGCUAUAGAUAGACAAUAUUAUAUUGCGUUUUAUGCAUGAAGUACGGCUAAAAAUGUUAAAAAAAAACUGUUAUUGGAGUCAAAAACGGUUUAAUUCAUAUUAUAUUGUUUCAUAUGGGAAAAUUUGGGUUUGAGAACAAAUCGGUUUUCGAACAAUUUUUAGAACGAAUUAAGUUCGAAACCCGAAAUUUGACUGUAUUAUUAAUAAAAGAAAUGUUUUAUCUGAUAAAUUAAGAACCACUGUAAGUUUCAUAUCAUAGCUAAAACUUAAAAUAAUUUAAAUAAAUAAACAAAAAUGUAAUUAUAUAGGUUUUAGGUAUUCAAACCGUAAGUGGAACCGGGGCCUUAAGGAUGGGUGCAGAGUUUCUGACAAAAUGUCUAAAUUACAGAACAUUUUACAUGUCAGAGCCUUCCUGGCCUAGCCAUCAUAUUGUUUUUCCUCUGGCUGGAUUUCAAGAUAUUAAAAGAUAUCGUUAUUGGGAUUCUGUUUCUAAAGGACUUGAUCUUAAAGGAAUGAAAGAAGAUUUACAAAAUGCUCCUGAAAAAUCCAUAAUUCUUUUGCACGUUUGUGGACACAAUCCAACAGGUGUUGAUUUAAAUCAAGAUCAAUGGAAAAUCAUUGCUGAUGUUAUGGAGGUAUUUUAUUAUUUUCUAUAAAGUUUCUUACGUAAAUAUAACUGAAAUAGAAGAAUAUUAAUGAAAUAUAAAUAUAGUAAUAUAAUUAUAACACAGCAUUAUUAUUCUUUAUUAUAUCAUUAUUAUUGAUUUUCGAGGGUGCAGAGUUUAAAUAUUUGGUCCAUUUUUCGCGAAAUUUGGUUGGCAGAUUAGUGUUUGAUGUUCGUUUUUUUUUCUCUUUUCGCCCUAUAUGUCUAAGAGGUACUCUUUUAGCAAGACCAUUAUAGAUUCAGCCAGGUCCGCAAUGGAGCGGCCAGGUGGUGAGAACCUGACAUAUCUGGAAGGACCCUGGGUCCCCAGAGCGGUAAGCUGCCACCUUGACCUUUUAUAUGGGAAUCUAAAUUCAUGGCUCACCAGUGGCUGAGUGGAUAAAAUUACUGAACACUGGUAGUUGGUCAUGAGUUCAUGCCAGCCUAUGGGCUGGCCAUGUAGUUUUCUUCUUAUCUGUAACACCUAAAUAAAGACCGGUUUCCUAUAAAAGUCCUCCCUGGAGGCAUCCUCCCCAUCAGCAAUGUGUCACAUUGACAUAACCAAAUAAACCAUACCUAAAUUAAUCUCACUCAUAAUUUCCUCAUGAUGAAGUCAUAGCUAAAAUAAAAAUAGUGAGACAAUGCACCCUUGUCAUACGUGUGUUGAGAUUUUGAAUAA